CUAACCCAAAACUUUUCAGCCACUGUAAACCAGAGGGAGAGAGCGAGAGAGAGAGCGAGAGAAUGGCUGCUAAGGCCUUGUUUGGUUGUACUGCAAUAAUUGAGAAGUCUGCUUCUUUCUCUCCCCUUCUGAUCAAAUCCAUGGCUACCCAGAAGCCUAUUCCUGCAGCUAGUAGAACUGUUAGCUCCAAGAAGAAUUCAACUGUGUUCCCUCUAGGAGAGGGUCCCCGGAGUAGCCCUUUGACAAGUACCCCACCAGUGAAGUUGCUGACAAGGGUGGAGCAGCUGAAGCUACUGACGAAAGCCGAGAAGGCCGGGUUGUUGUCUGCGGCCGAGAAGGCCGGGCUCUCGCUGUCGACAAUAGAGAAGCUGGGGCUGCUGUCAAAGGCAGAGGAAUUGGGAGUCUUAUCAGCAGCCACAGAUCCAGGAACUCCAGGGGCAUUGUUGACCCUCAGCUUAGUGUUACUGGUUUUGGGUCCUUCUUUUGUUUACCUUGUGCCUGAGGAAUACCCUUGGGAGGUAGCCCUUCAAGCUGUUGUUGUUUUGCUCGCUGUGGUUGGGGGUUCUGCAGCUUUUGCUGCAUCAAAUUUUGUAUCUAAUUUGCAAAGAUCUAAUUGAUUAAUAUCAUCAGCUAUUUUAAGGUCUCAAAGUGAAACCAAAAUUUGUAGAAAGAAAUCUGAACAGAAACAGCAUCAGAUUUCAUUACAAUAUGAGUUCUAUCAAAUUACAUGGUGUGCCUAAAGAGAGAGUCUGUACAUCUUAUGGCAGGGUGUAAUUUUUUUUUCCACUUGUAAUAAAUGAACUAAUAUGAGAGUUUUGAUAUUGUUAAA